AUGCAUUUGUGAUAUAUUUUGCUGGGAUAUCUACUGCCCCCGUAUUUGAAUUAAACGUUAUGUUAUAACUAUUUGUGUUAAUGUUUGUAUUCGCAGAAGAAACUAUUAUCUAAGAUCUGGCGUGAUAUGAUUGAAUAUUGGCCAGAUGUGGCCUACUAUCAUGACGACUCAGCAAAUUUAGACUUCUCGAAGUAUCAAUGGGAGCAGCAUGGGAUGUGCUUCGACAACCCUGACAAUCCCUUACAUUAUUUCAAAACUGCAUUACGCUUCAUAAAACAACAUGAUCUCCGGGGAAUUCUCAAAGGCGCAAAGAUCUAUCCAAAUAAUAGUAAAUAUCGUGGAUAUGACAUUAAAGAUGCCAUUACUGAAGCCUUAGGAGCACGACCUACAAUUUGUUGCAAUGAAGAUAGGUAUGGAACUGUACAAUUGCACGAGAUUUGGGUUUGUCUCCAUAGGAAUGGCACCACAAGACCGUGCCAGCAUAUUUUUUCUAAUUGCCCAAAGGCAUGGGUAAGACCCAUCAAGUUCGCUGCUCCGACUAAUGAAGCUUGA